UUGACUUCGAGCAGUGAACGACGUGACCAGUGCUCAGAAAUUCUGAGCUAAGAAACGAAACAAUUUGGUGUCGUAUGGUUAUGUUUUGCAUUCCGUUCAAACUCGUCAGUCAACCGGUAUCGAGAUCAGCAGUCUUGGCUCUCCCAUUCUAUGGCUCUCCGUAGUCCGUACUCCACGCAGAAUAUGUGAUGCUGUGCGUGUCUGCUGAUUGCAAACAAACUCUCGUGAGUGCAGCCGUACGUCGCGCCUCUUAUCAUGUGAGCAUGCUCAGUGAAAUGCAGAAAUGGCAGAUCGGCUCUCGGGAGUUGCUAUAAUUAUCUGUAUUGCACUAGGUGUCCUGACCUUCCUCCUCCUGUUUAUAUUCGCGAAGAGGCAGAUAAUGCGAUUCACCCUCAAGUCAAAGCACAGCCCUCACGUGCCUAUUGGCCAUGGUGUGUCCAAGUCGCUGAAAGAUGAAGUUGAUAGACGGCUGCUAAUUAUCAAAGACGUAGCAUACGAGCCUACACUUCUCAAGCCAAACGAGUGCCUUUCUUCCGAUAGCGACUUGUCCCAAGUGCAACCGCAGCAUUUGCUUCGUAUGGGUGUUGUGGACAAGCUUUCGGAACUAGAGGAGCACCUUGGAGGAAUUGACAAGACACGGGUCCGCAAACCAGGCCAAGAUGUUCGAGUUUUCCUUCUGCGUCAAGUUCAUGGAGGACCGUUCGCAAACUGUGAUCCUCGCAUCAUACACAAGUUUCUGGACUUGUACGAACAUGCUCGACACAGUCCGAAGGAGUUCACACACGAACACUACCUUGCAUUCAUGGACAUCCUAGAGCAGCUGAAGUCAAGCCUACCCUCUCGGGAAAAGACCACACCUCGGCGCAAGGAUGCGACGCAGCCACACAAGAGUAGCGAGUCUCCAAAUGUCAACUUCUUGUCUUCUACAAUGACUCUUCCAUUGCCAGAUGCCAUCCUUCCAGGCAACAAUGGGAGGUCAGCAACUGAGCCACUAGCUAGCUGCCGACCAUCUACUCUUGCAUCUGUGGAAGAUGAUAACGGCAGAGAUGCUGCUCUGGAAACUUCAGUCUAAGUGUUGUGCUUCACUGUGCAUCGACCUCUAUAAGUGUCAGCAUCUGUGCUGUUACUCUUGUCUUCAUAGUUCCAUGGUUGGGAUUUAUGAGCAAAGCGGUUUGAAGUCAUAGGACUAUUGCCCUGAUGUUUUUUUCCCCACAGACUCUGGUGGGCUGGUGUAAAAUAACAUUAAAAAAGGAGUCAUGCUGUA